GUUAUGACAACAUGUUUCUAAUUAUAGAAAGUCCACGUUGGAACCUCCACGCUGGAGGAAGACACGAUAACAUGGUUCGGCAGGGGCUUUUCUUGUUAUUUCGAAUCAGUUGAUGGUCGAGUAAAGAAGUCAUAACACAUAAUUGGUGCAAACUAAAAUGGUUGGCGAGCUAAACAUCGAUAAUAUCAAGACUGCUCUGGAAAAGAGAGAUCAGUCAGGCGGUUCUUUUGAUUUCGCUUCGGCUGUAAGUUCUUCCUGGAACUACAUUCAGUACUUGUACAACUCGAUGACAACGUCGAAAAAUGCAUCAAGUGAAUUUGAAGAUAUUGUGAGGUGCAUUGACUGUGAAGCCCUCCAAAUCGCUGACGAUGGUGAUGGCACAGCCGGAUUUCAACAUAUUCCGGUCUAUAUACAACUAUACAUAUUUUCUCUCUUGAGUUCGCAUGAUUUAGUCCGAUUAUCAACGACGUGCAAAUAUUGGCAUGCAUUAUCAGAAGACGAGUUGCUAUGGAAAUCAUUUCUUGAACGAGAUAUGGUGAAAUGGAGUAUAAUAGGAAACCGCUCAAAUCCAAUCACUUAUACAGAAGUCAACUCUGACCUUACAUUUAAACAAAUAUAUGUUAGAUGUCAUCCUAAUAUCAACGUGGAAUUACCAAACUUUCAUCUGUCUAGUCUACUUCGGUCAUUACUGCCGAAGAAACCACCUAAGAUAGUAAUGUUUGGGCCGGGACUUGAAACUAAUGUGAGAGGCAUCACUAAGAAGGUGAUUUACAACAGAAACAGCCUCAUGUUUAAAGUGUGUGGUAUGUUUCCAGGAGAGUUUCCAGGAGUUGGUUCUGGUUUUGAUGUGCUUGUCAAAGACUCGAUGAAAGAAAUGAAACUUAUUACUCUGUAUUCUGCAACAAAGAGUGAAAGAGAAAAUGGAAACAUGCAGAAUCGAGCACAGAGAAACCGACUUCUUGUCGCUGCCAGACACCAUCCUGAUGGUAUAAAUGAUAACAUACCCGAAUAUGAACUUCAAGAUGUACUCAAAGAUCUCUGUAGAUCUGUGGACGGAUUUAUAUUUAUUGUGGAAUCUACUGCUGACAGUAACUUCAGUACGUAUAAGAAAAAUAUUCUUCACUUCAUAGUCUGUAGCUUUGCAGUGUUCUCCCCAGGAUACAAAGCCAUAUAA